AUGGAUGAAAGUUCAGGAGUGAGAGAAGCUGCCAAUCUCUCCAGUUGGCUGGAACCACUGGGUGACAACACUUCCUUACGGCUGGAUUCCCAGCAGCCGCCGCUGUUGGUGGAUCCUUGGGAUAUAAUAUUGUGUAUCUCGGGGACUCUCGUUGCCUGUGAAAAUGCCAUCGUUGUAGCGAUUGUUUUCUACACCCCAACAUUAAGAUCUCCAAUGUUCUUACUGAUUGGGAGCCUGGCUACGGCAGAUCUGCUGGCGGGGAUUGGCUUGAUCAUGAAUUUCUUAUUUCGCUAUUUAAUUCACUCAGACACCAUUAACCUGAUCACUGUGGGCUUCAUGGUGGCCUCUUUCUGCGCCUCAGUCAGCAGCCUGUUGGCCAUAACCAUUGAUCGCUACCUCUCCCUGUAUAACGCUCUCACCUACUAUUCCGAGAGGACAAUUACCUACAUUUACCUGAUGCUCGCCAUCACUUGGGGUGUCUCUAUCUGCCUGGGGUUACUCCCCAUCCUGGGAUGGAACUGUCUAGAAGACACAUCUACCUGCAGCAUCGUGAAACCUCUGACUUCCAGCAACCUGACCGUCCUCUCCACCUCCUUCCUGUUGAUUUUUAUCAUCAUGUUGUACCUUUAUAUUAAAAUUUGUAAGAUAGUGUGUCGCCACGCGCACCAGAUCGCCCUACAACAUCACUUUUUAGCAACAUCUUACUAUGUGACCACAAAGAAAGGCAUCUACACUCUGGCCAUCAUCUUAGGGACUUUUGGGACAAGCUGGCUGCCUUUUGCCAUUUACUGCCUGAUUGGGGAUCACGCCUUUCCUUCAGUGUACACUUACGCUACCCUCCUCCCAGCCACCUACAACUCUAUGAUCAACCCCAUCAUCUAUGCCUUCAAGAACCCAGAGAUCCAGAAAGCUACCCGGUCUCUCUUUUGUGGCUGUUUUCAGUCCAAUGCUUCCUUUCAUUCCAGGUCCCCCAGUGAAGUCUAG